AUGGAGUGUUCACCUUUGGAUCAAGAUCUGCUAUCGAACACUAGAGAUGAGGUUUUGUUUGAGCCUCUGGAAUACUUUUCGCACACAAUAAAAGAAGAUAAUAGUGAUGAUGGUAAUAAUGGUGAUGGUGAUGCUAAUGAUAGUGAUGGUAAUGAUGAUGAUGGUGAUGGUGAUAGUGGUGAUGGUAAUAAUGACGGUGAUGGUGAUGGUGAUGAUGGUGAUAGUGAUGGUAAUGGUGAUGAUGAUGAUGAUGGUGAUGGUAAUGCUUAUAAUGGUGGUGAUGGUGAUGCUGAUGGUGGUGAUAGUGAUGGUGGUGGUUAUGAUGAUGGUGGUGAUGAUGAUGCUUUGAGCCUUAAGACAGUUAGUAUGGCUAGCUUGACUUGUAUUUCAGUUUUUCAGAGACCGUUGGCAUGGGACAUUCAGUCCUUUGCCAACUUGAUGAUUCACCUUGAUAUUUCAGACAUUAGGAGGAUUCUUGCUAUUGUUGAGGCGAGGUCUUCACUUUUUGAGCAGAUUCAGGAUCGUGUUGAGAGUGAUGAUAUGGAGGAUGAUAUUGAUGAUGAUGUUUAUGAGGAUAGUGUUGAAUAUUUAUACUGGUUCAAGUUCGGAUAUAUAUAUAUUCGAGUGCUAGUUGCUACUGUUGAUCGACGUUCAUACUGUGUUGAUAUCCGGUGA